GAGGGACACAGUGUUAACUGAGCCAGAUAGCCAAUGCCAGUGGGACUAUUUCACUCUCUAUCUCUCUCCCCCUUCCCUAGCUACCCCUCACUCUCUCUCUUUCUAACUUUAUCUACAGUGUUAACUUGAGUUGCUUGCUCUUUUCCUGGAAAAAAAAUCUGAUGGUCUGAUCUUCUCUUUAAGCAUAUUUCAGAUACCAUCUAUCAAUAACUGCGGUCCUUAAAGAUUUCUUGCAGACAGCAGCCAUUCUUUGCUUAGAAUCUUGUGUUUCCCCUUCAAAUUUUUACCAUUUUCUUUAAUUACCAUCAAUUUCAAAACUCCUUUUCUCUCUUUCUUUAUCGUGAAGACUGGGAAGCCAUGCAAAUUCUUGCUUAUUGAUCCCCUUUUUGGUUAUUCUUGUGUUCUACUUCUAUUUUCUCAAGAAAUACCCAUUCCUGCAGGGGCAAGGAGGAUAACAACAAAGCUUCUUAACUCUUCCAUUUCAAGGCGAUAAACUAUCCCUCAUCACCUGAAAAACAAGAAACCGCUGCCUCUCUGUGUCUCUGUCUGUCUCUGUCUUUCUAGGGUUCUUACUUUAGUCAUCACGUUCUCUCACAAGUAAGCAACAAGGGGGAAAAACUGUACUAAGACACCCAAGAAGAAGAACUGCAGCUAGAAUCAGGACAACCCUACAGCAAAAACAAAUCUAUUAGCAGGAUCCUGAUAAAGACAGCAGGAAAACCCUAAUCCUAUCUAUAUCAUCUGUUUACAUGGAUUUGGCAUCCUCUUCAGCAAACCCAACCUUUUCAAGCCCAAUAAUGGGUGGCUCGAUCACGCCCUCCAGGACCUCCACCACUUCAACCACACCAAACGCAACCUCUUCCCCAUCUUCCACUCCAAGUCGCUAUGAGAACCAGAAGCGGAGAGACUGGAACACUUUCUGCCAGUAUCUUAGGAAUCACAGGCCCCCUCUUUCGCUUCCCAUGUGCAGUGGUGCCCAUGUUCUUGAAUUCCUUACGUAUCUUGAUCAAUUUGGCAAGACUAAAGUCCACACUCAAACUUGUCCAUUUUUCGGCCUCCCUAACCCACCAGCACCUUGUCCAUGCCCUCUCCGCCAGGCGUGGGGAAGCCUUGAUGCACUGAUCGGACGACUCAGAGCAGCCUAUGAGGAGCAUGGAGGGAGGCCUGAAGGGAACCCAUUUGGUGCAAGAACAGUGAGGAUUUACUUGAGGGAGGUUAGGGAUUUUCAGGCUAAAGCAAGGGGAGUUAGCUAUGAGAAGAAGCGAAAAAGGCCUAAACCAAAAGCAACAUCAACACCUCAAGCAGCAGCACCACCACCUGAUUCAGGCGCGGCCUAGAGAGUUAAAAUAUGAACAAGGAGAAGCUUGCAUUGAAGCUAUAUGAUGCGGGCUCAUUAUCACCAGCAGCUUUAUCUAUAUGGGUAUUAUUUUUCUGCUCUUCCUUUAUUUUUAUCCUAUAAAGAGAUGGUUAUAUAAUGAACGUUGCUUUGCUUUGCUUUCUAAGAGCAUAUGUUUGGAUUUGUGGGUACAAUUGGAACUACUCUUUAAGGGACAAACCGCCUGGCAAUGAGCUAGUACCAGUAAUCAGUAGUGCUAGUAAUAGUGAAUCUAGUGAUAAUAGACUUUUAGCAGAAAUUAUGAUACCAAGUAAUCUUGUACUUGUGGUCAUAUAUGGAAUUUGUACUUUGAACAUAUAAUCUAAGUACUUGUUGUUAUAUA